AAGUGCAUUCAUAUCAGCGGUAUACAUGUAUUAUGUACGGAAGGAGUAGGAGUAAAAUUAGCUAUCAAAUAAUCUUGGGGAUUUUGAUACAUGCUUAUAUACAUGUGUUUAAAUUUGGUGCAAAACAGCUUAAGGAGGAAGUUAUUAUUUUUCUAACACGGAAAGUUAUGGUUACAUUAUGGAUUCAAAUAGUGAAUCAAUGAAAUCACAGGCUGAUUCUUCGGAUAUUAUCUAUGAAUUUUCCUGCACUCCUUGUUCCGAAGAUGGAAAAAAUACUGAAGCCGAAUACCAGUGUGUUGAUUGCCGGACUUUUUUCUGCUCAAGGUGUUUACUAUUCCAUAACAGAGUAUUUAAACUCCACACCAUUCUCAACAAAGAUUCUUUAGCGUCCUCUCACUGUCAACCGGAUGCGACGUCUGCUUCCAAGUCCAUCCUACAAGAUGUGUGCUCAAAACAUCCGGCGGAAAUAAUAAAGAUGUACUGCGCACUUCAUGACCUUGUGUGUUGUACUGUAUGUAUUGCUAUGGAUCACAGAUCUUGCAAAGGUGUACAUUACAUUCCUGACAUUGCCAGUGAACUGAGUGAAAAUGAGAACUCGACCGUUGCAGCAGCUUUAACAAAAGUUAGAAAAGAAAUGAAUUUUCUGAAAUCUAACAAAGAUAGCGAACGUUUGCAGGCAAGAGAGCAGCAUGACGAAAUUGUUACUCGUAUUGAAAAUAUAACUGAACAAAUAAUCGAAAGAGCCCGGAAACUAGAAAAGAAAUCAAUUGACCAGGUUAAUGCAAUACACGAAAAAAUUAAUGGAGAAAUAGAUAUUGAUAUAAAGUCACUUGACAAUAUGUUACGGAAUGCUGACCAAACAUUAGAUGACAUUGCAAAUGUCAAGCAAGAAAAUGAAGCACAAUACUUUGUUAAAAUUAAACAGGCCAAACAGCAAUUAGUUGACGAAGAAAAGUGUCUGAAAACUAUAUCCGACAGAGCUGUCAAGCAUAUCGUUUACGAAAUUGAUGAAGACAUUGAGACCUGUUUGGCUGAAAAAGAGUACUUUGGCAGUGUAAGUCUAGUAAAUAAGCAGAUGAAAGUUUCCUUUGAGGACAGCUAUGCUGUUUCCGUAUCUACAGACCAACGGGACUUUUAUAUGUUUGACAUGUGUGAAGUAGAGCCAGAUCAGCUUGUUAUUACCGAUUACAAAAAUUGCAAACUUAAGCGUCUAAAUAAAAGUCUUAUUGUCACUGAAUGUAUAGAUAUCAACGGUCGGCCUUAUGGUCUGUGUAAAACCGACCAGUCAGAACUGGCUGUAACUCUUACCUGGCAUCAGAAAGUUCAGUUUGUAGAUAUUGGUUCAAAGCUCUCCCUUACACAAUCUUACAGCGUUGGGCACUUCUGCAGGGGCAUAUGUCACAUUGAUGGGAUAGUUUAUGUUUGUUGUGACGGUUUGGAUAGAGAAGAAGGACCUGGUCAUGUUAGAGCUUUCGACGCAUCGGGUUGUCUUGUGAAAAUGAUAAAAAAUGAUCAAAACAAUCAAAAGUUGUUUUCGUUUCCACGUAGUAUAGCAGAAAGUUUCGAUGGAUCAAAGAUCUUUAUAGCCGAUAGCGAAAAGGGAUUAAUUACUAUAGACAAAGAAGGCAAAUGUUUAAUGAGUGCUUCUGAUCCAAGGUUAAUAUAUCCACACAGUUUUUGCAGUGCAAAUUAUGGUCAGAAGUUUGUCUGUGGUAAACUCUCGAACAACAUUUUUCUGCUUGACAAGGAUGGUAUUGUCAUAAGGGAAAUUCUGAAAGGCGGCAAAAUAACGAAACCGAUUGCGGUCUUUUACUUACGUUCUCAGAAACGCCUGCUUGUUACAUGUUUUGAAAGUGACAAAAUAUUUGCUUUCCAUCUUACGCCAUAGUAGGCCUAACACUGUUCUUUUCUUUUCAUAGUGUCAUGAUAAAGUUGCAACUCAGCAUGUCAGUUUUAGUAAAACUUGAGAAUUUAUCAAUCAUUUUAUGUUACCUCACAUGAACUUCUUUGAAUUUCAAAGUCUUUAAAUUUGUAACAAGAAACCAAAACUUUGUGUAAAUCUACAAAAGCAUUAAGGAUUUUACAUAUCUUAUUUAACAUAAAAUUUAACAUAUCUUAUUUAACAUUAAGUACAUACCUAAUAAGGAAUUGCAAUGCUAAAUCUUGAGUGCCUGUCAUUUAUCAAAGGAUAGGCUAUUUAAAAAAGAAAAUGAUUGAAUCGACAAAGGGAGAUUUUCAGUAGGCUAAGUCAAAGUGACUUAGUGUUGUGAUUUUGCAAUUGUUGAUUAAAGAUAAAAAUGACUUAAGAAAUAAAAUAUCCCAAACAGUUGAAUA